ACACGAUCGCACACACCACGACAUUUCGCCGGAAAGUUAGAAAAGAACUUUGGUGCUUCGUGCCACUUUUUCUAUGAUUUACCUGUCGGUUCCUUUAUUUUAACUAACUCUAGAGCACUAGUGCGGCUUGCAAGAUGAGUACGAUACUGGAAAAGAUUGCUCAAAUCGAGUCGGAGAUGGCUCGAACCCAGCGUAACAAGGCAACGGCUGGACAUUUGGGUUUGCUGAAGGCACGAUUGGCCAAGCUACGGCGAGAACUCAUCACCCCCAAGGGAGGUGGCGGUGCGUCGGAACAGGGUUUCGAAGUUUCCAAAACCGGUGACGCACGGGUCGGUUUCGUCGGGUUUCCUUCGGUCGGUAAAUCAACGCUCCUAUCCAAUUUGGCCGGUGUUUACUCGGAGGUGGCGGCGUACGAGUUCACCACGCUUACGACCGUACCGGGCUGUAUCAAGUAUAAGGGCGCCAAGAUACAGCUGCUCGAUCUGCCCGGUAUUAUCGAGGGUGCGAAGGAUGGUAAGGGUCGUGGUCGGCAGGUGAUUGCGGUGGCCCGUACCUGUAACCUUAUCUUUAUGGUGCUGGACGUACUGAAACCGCUGACACACAAGAAACUGCUCGAGCACGAAUUGGAAGGGUUCGGAUUGCGGUUGAACAAGCAGCCACCGAACAUUUCGUUCCGGAAGAAGGACAAGGGAGGCGUAAAUUUGAACGCAACCGUUGCCCAGUCGGAGCUGGACCUGGACACGGUGAAAACGAUAUUGGGUGAAUACAAGAUACACAACGCGGACAUUACGCUCAAGUACGAUGCCACGGCGGACGAUUUGAUUGAUGUGAUCGAAGGCAACCGCAUCUACAUCCCUUGCAUCUAUCUGCUGAACAAAAUCGAUCAAAUCUCGAUCGAGGAGCUGGAUGUGAUCUAUAAAAUUCCUCACUGUGUACCGAUUUCUGCUCACCAUCACUGGAACUUUGACGAUUUGCUUGAAAUGAUGUGGCAAUAUUUGAAGCUGGUGCGAAUCUAUACCAAACCGAAAGGACAGCUGCCCGAUUACAGCUCACCGAUCGUGCUGCAUCACGAGCAUACGUCGGUGGAAAGUUUCUGUAACAAGUUGCAUCGAACCAUCGCAAAGGAAUUUAAAUAUGCUCUCGUGUGGGGAUCGUCUGUAAAGCAUCAACCGCAAAAGGUCGGUAUCGAUCACGUGUUGAACGAUGAGGAUGUGGUGCAAAUUGUGAAGAAAGUUUAAAAUGAUGAU